AUGGAGAUUACGAUGAUCCGUGCCAAUGUCCAAGAAGAUCGUGAAGCAACGAUGGCACGUUUCCUUGCAGGUCUCAAUCAAGACAGCGCCAACGUUGUGGAAUUGCAACAUUACAUCGAGAUCGUGGACAUGGUACAUAUGGCCAUUAAGGUAGAGAAGCAAAUUAAACGAAAGGGAACCGCUCGGAGCUAUCCUACCCCAAGCACAACUAGAUGGGGGCAAAGCUCGAGUAAAACUAAUCCUCCAAGUCGUGCCAAGGAGCCAAUGGUGCCUGCCAAAGCAAACAAACCUAUGGGCGAUACGAGCAAAGGCCAUAUUACGAGUCAAUGUCCCAACCGCAACAUCAUGGUGGUUCGAGCAAAUGGAGAAAUAGAAUCGGAGGAAGAAGAACUUGAAGAUGAGCCCGAAAAUGUUUCUGAUAAUGAAGAAGAAGUGGAACACGCCCUUGAUGGAGAACUCCUAGUAGUCAAAAGGAGCCUAAGUAUCCAAAGCAUCGACGAUGAACAACAACGAGAGAACAUCUUUCAUACUCGUUGCCAAGUACAAGGAAAGCUUUGUCUUGUCAUCAUCGAUGGAGGAAGUUGUACUGACGUGGCGAGCACUCUAAUGGUGGAAAAAUUAAAUCUACCGACCACCAAGCAUCCAACUCCGUACAAACUUCAAUGGCUCAACGAUGGAGGAGAGCUAAAGGAUUUCAAAGAUGUUUUUCCGGAUGAAGUGCCAAGUGGGUUGCCACCACUUCGUGGGAUCGAGCACCAAAUCGAUUUUGUUCUCGGAGUCGUUCUUCCGAAUCGGCUGACAUACCGAACCAACCCCGAAGAGACCAAAGAGCUUCAACGUCAAUUCAACGAACUCAUGGAAAAGGGCUUUAUACGAAGAGACCAAAGCGCCGUAUCGGUCUUGUUGGUGCCAAAGAAGGAUGGAACGUGGCGCAUGUGUGUCGAUUGCCGCGCUGUGAAUAAAAUCACUAUUAAGUAUAAGCAUCCCAUACCACGUUUAGAUGAUAUGCUCGAUGAGUUAAGUGGCACCAAGUUGUUCUCAAAAAUUGACCUCAAAAGCGGAUACCAUCAGAUUCGAAUGCGCGAAGGUGACGAGUGGAAAACCGCUUUUGAAACGAAACAUGGAUUCGUGGUUAGCUCGGAGGGCCUCAAAGUAGAUAGCGACAAGAUUAAGGUGAUUCAGAAUGGCGAGACCGACGAGCAUAAGCCAAGUGCGAAGCUUCCAUGGCUUGGUGUAGGAAUAGGUGCCGUGCUAACUCCAGAUGGAAGACCGAUCGCUUACUUUAGCGAAAAGUUGAAUGGAGCCAUGCUGAAUUAUCCCGUCUAUGACAAGGAGAUGUAUGCACUCAUUCGUGCUCUCGAGACUUGGCAGCACUAUUUGUGGCCAAAGGAGUUCGUGAUCCAUUCGGAUCAUGAAGCGUUAAAGCAUAUUAAAGAUUCUGAAUUGAGGGCAAAUCGCUUUGAAGAGCGGGAGGAUGAUACUGCCACGCCUCAAGUCCUACCUAGCUCGAACAAGGAGCCUCUGAGUUGCCCUAAGGCCCCAUCACUCGAUCCCGAGCCAAACAAUUUAAGGAGGCUGUUUUACCUUAGUAGAUAA